AUGGACUUUCCUGACCAGGGCUUGGAAGAGGGGUGGCAAGUUUUGCCUCCAAUUGCAAAAAGCUCCGGUCGAAGGCGAAGGUAUCGGCACGGGUCCUUGGCUGACCUCUCAGCUCGGAGUUCCUUGCCCCCGGGCCCGGCAUCGUUGGAUGAGAUGUUUGACUAUCCUAUCGAUAUCACCCAGGUCCUCUUCUCGAACUCUGACUACUCUGCUCGCUGUAGGGCUCUGCUGCAGCAUGGCAUGGUGGAGCAUUCUGAUUACUCCGGGAUCGGAGCUGAAAGGGAGGCAAAGAGAUUGCUUUUGCAGGUCUUUCGUGAGAUCUAUGGUUGGCACGUCCCACAUGUUUUCAGGAAGUCCUGUGACAGUGAUCCCCAUUGCCAGGAUAUCCUGCAGAUGGCCUCCCAUACAUGCGAUGAGGGGUCGUCUUGUGUGUUUUCAGACAUUCUACAUCAACUAGUGCCGGAUGCACAAGCAUGGUGUCGUGCCGCAGUGCAAGACAACUCUACAGCAGGGUCCCCUCAGAACCACCAGCGAAUCAACUCGGAGAUUCGCAGCUUCCUCCUGGGCAACAGCUGGGUUGUGGAUCAGGACAUCUGUGGACUCCAUAGACCAAAGGAGCACCGGGCACAUUGCCUGGUUCACAAGAAGAACUGCAUCGUGAACAAGCCGCGUGACACGCUUCCAAAUCCAGGGGCUCUGGUGAUCGCUCAUGCAGGGAACUGUUGCCAGGCUUGGAGCCAAGAAGGAAAAAGGGCACGGGCGUCUCACGAAAGCCAGGUGCCUUUGGCAGCUUGGGUUGCCAGCCGCAAGCACUUGUGUCAAGCCGGAGAGGAGGACAUGUUUUUCGAGGAGUGCACGCCGCUCUUUGAUGUCGAAGAAUGCCUCAGAGAGCCAUUGAGGGACACACACAGGAUCAUCAAGGUGGUCACCGGCCCACGUCUUAUGGGGUGGCCGACAUCAAGAGAAAGACUCUUGUCAGCCGGCCUCAGUCUUCGCUCUCUUGUUUGGGUGGGUCCGCAGACUGACGAGGGAGUUCAGGAUGAGUUCGAAAGGCUUUUUGCCCGUAGCCCAAGAGUGAAUGGAAGCAUUUUCCUGCAGGAAGAUGAGGCCGACGUGCAACGGUGGCUCAGGUUGCAGCUCCAAAAGCGGAGCCAUUACCCCGAGACCAUGCCUCAAGGAGAGGGACUCUUCCAAAUGCUCCUGGCGCCAGGCCAUCUGCAACGACUGGAGGCAUAUGAAGCCUUCCGUGCUGAGCAUGCUGGCCUGGACGGGACGUUUUUUUGUGAUCUGGACCAUUGGCCACAUUCCCCAGGGCCAGACUACGGCCCCAUGAUGCCUUGUCUCCUCACACACGGCAGCAUUUUGGAGAUGAGCAGAGCUCGUUUCGUGACACCAUCCGAGCGGUUUUUGAGCUUAGGCUUCCAUGCUGUGAGACGUGCGACCGAGAGAUUCUGUUGGGAUCUCGGUCCGUAUGUGCUGGGGCAGGCGGACAGACAUACCAAAUCCCAGUCAGGCAAUUCCCAGUCGUUGCCGGUUAUCUUGGCAUGGAACUUGUAUGUUUUCUGUAACACAGUCAAGCGUGAGACAACGUCUCCGGGCCCUCGCAUCUCAAACCUCUCGGAUGAUUCUGUUGGGUCUGAUGACGAGGUCCCGAUGUCUCUCGAGGCUUGA